AUGAUAACCAUAACGACCAGGAAUCUGUAUGAGCUCACCAGAGCUUGCAAAACAGUUGCACAGCUCAAACAAGUUCUGGCCCAAAUUAUCCAAGACGGCAUCGCCAACCACCCACUGUCUCUUUCUUCAAUCCUCUCCUUCUCCGCAACCUCAUCCCAACCCGACUUAUGUUUCGCCUCUUUAAUCUUCGCUUGCAUAGAGAAACCUAAUUCUUUCAUUUACAACUCCAUGAUAAGAGGAUUCACCAAUGCCGGAGACCAUGCUCGUGCUCUCCACUUUUACCUACAAAUGAACCGCGUGGAACACCUGCCUGAUAAAUUCACUUUUCCGUUCGUUCUCAAAGCCUGCGCUGUUUUAGAGGCUGUUGAGCUUGGCAGAUCCGUUCAUGGGAAGGUUCUCCGUAUGGGUUUUUCCUUGGACCUUUUUAUUCGGAGUAGCUUGGUUAGGAUGUAUUCUGAUUUCGACGAGAUUGAAGCAGCUCGUGUGUUGUUCGAUGAAAUUGUUGAGCGGGAUUUGGUCAUGUGGAAUUCCAUGAUUGGUGGGUACAUGAAAUGUGGGCUAUUAGAGCGGGCCUUUGAAUUGUUCGAGAGUAUGCCCUGCAAGAAUGUCGCUACCUAUAAUGCGAUGAUGGGAGGGUACGCCAAGUUCGGCUGCAUUGAAAAGAUUUCCAAGUUGUUCAAUGAGAUGCCAAACAAGGAUCUCAUCUCAUGGAACACUGUAAUUGGGGCUCAUGCAAGAUUUGGAUCUGUAGAUACUACACUAAAGCUUUUCAGCGAUACGCCUGAACGAAACUUGACUACGUGGAGCACAAUCAUAUCUGGGUUUGCACAGGGUGGUCGAUUCGGGGAUGCGCUUGAGGUUUUUAGACACAUGCUGGACGAUGGAGUGAAACCGAACCAAGCAGUAUUGGUUAGCGUCCUCACCUGUUGUGCUCACCUUGGAGCUCUUGAACAAGGCAGGUGGAUUCAUGGUUAUAUCCAGAAAAAUGGGAUUGAAGUGGAUGAUAUACUGGGUGCAUCUCUCAUUGAUAUGUACUCAAAAUGUGGUUUUCUUCAAGGUUCCAUGUCUGUGUUCGACAAAAUGGAGAAGAAAGGUGUUUGCUCUUGGACCUCCAUGAUCUAUGGGUAUGCCAUACAUGGACACCCCUUUCAAUCACUGGACUUAUUUGGUGAAAUGAAGAGCCUGGGAUUCCGACCAAAUGCUAUUACCUUUGUGGCUACCUUAGCUGCUUGCUCUCAUGCUGGGUUGGUUGAUAGGGGACGAGAUGUUUUCAGUGAGAUGCAUCGAGUUCAUGGCAUUAUACCCACGAUCGAGCACUAUACUUGCAUGGUCGAUCUUCUCAGUCGCGCAGGUCUGUUAGAUGAAGCUCAGGACCUUAUCAAGUCCAUGCCAAUGAAGCCUGAUAUAUUUGUCUGGGGGGCUUUUACUGGUGGGAUAAGGAUUCAUGGAGGAGGGUCUGGGUUAGUAAGUCAAGAUGUUAGUGAGGGUCUUGCAAGGUUGGUACCUCGGGAUAGUGGAGCUUAUGUUCUCAUGUCAAAUAUGUAUGCUCUGAACAACCAGUGGGAUGAUGUUACAAGAAUUAGAAGGAAAAUGGAGGAAGUGGGAGUGAAGAAGAACCCUGGAUGUAGCACAAUUGAGGUGGAUCAAGUGGUCCAUGAAUUUUUAGCUGGUGGAAGAUUACAUCCUCAAUCAGAGAAAAUAUAUGGCAUCUUAGAUCAAAUAUACAGAGAAAUUAAGAUUCAAGCCUCCAUAGACUAA